GGACCGCGCACUGACAGGGAGGAUAAUCGCAGGUGGUUAGCUUGGUUACAAUCUGCAGACUCGAGGCGACAGAGGCAGGUGUUCGUCUGUGUGUGAGCGGAGCUUUAAUCCCACCCAGUGACGUCACACACUCUCCUCUCUCGCGGAUCCACACUGUGUUGUGUUUUCUUUCUUCCUCCUCGUCCAUGAUGCGCUCCCGUGUUUGGUUCGUCGCCAGUUGCGCUCGCAUCCUGCGCGCGCUGCUGCUGCUGCUGCUGCUGAUGGACGGAGCGACAGGACAGAGAGCGUGCAGUGAGACAGACUACUACUACGAGUACACAGAGUGUGACAGUACUGGAUCUCGGUGGAGAGUGGCCAUCCCACACAGAGCCGGUGCCUGCACUGGACUCCCGGAGCCCGUACGUGGCACAAAGUGCACCUUCUCAUGUAAGUCCGGGGAGUUCCUGGAGAUGUCGGCUCAGCAGUGCAUGAAGUGCGCGGCAGGAAGCUACUCCCUCGGCAGCGGCGUCCGCUUCGACCAAUGGGAUUCCAUGCCCAGUGGAUUCAGCAGCCUGGCGACGUCGCUGGAGAACGCUCCCCGCGGAGAAGACCGACUCACCUGCAACAGCUCCUCCUGGACACCUCAGGGAAACUACCUGGAGUCCAACAGGGACGAAUGCACGGUGUCGCUCAUCUACGCCGUCCAUCUGAAGAAACAAGGCUCCGUCAGCUUUGAGUACCAGUAUCCAGACAACAACCUGCUCUUUGAGUUCUUUAUCCAGAAUGACCAGUGUCAGGAGAUGGAUCAGUCCACUGACGCCAAGUGGCUCAAACUCACCAGUCACGGUGAAUGGGCGACACACACCGUGAACCUGAAGUCUGGGACCAACAUCCUGUACUGGAGGACAGGAGGUGUCCUGAUGGGGACAAAAGUGGUGAAACCUGUCUUGCUGAAAAACAUCCAAAUAGAAGGAGUCGCCUACACGUCAGAGUGUUUUCUGUGCAAACCGGGGACGUUCAGUCGCGUCCCAGGCUCGUCCACGUGCGAACCCUGCCCUCGGGACACCUUCUCGGGUCACGGCGCCAGCUCCUGCACUCCCUGUGACACCAGCAUUCAGUAUGCAGCGGAGGGAUCAGCGAUGUGUAAGGACAGACCUCCGUGUUCGUCCAAGGACUAUUUCCAGAUCCACACAGCGUGUGACAAUGAAGGCAAGACGCAGGUCAUUUAUACGUGGAUUGAGCCUAAGAUCUGUCUGGAGGCUGCGACCGGAGCUGUGACGUUACCUGCAGGUGGGACGCGAGAGCCGUGCCCCCCGUGUAACCCUGGUUUCUAUAACAAUGACACAGCCACCUGCUCGCCCUGCCCACCUGGGACCUUCUCUGAUGGACUCAAAGCGUGUCAGCAGUGUCCGGCAGGGACUGAACCCACCCUCGGUUAUGAGUAUAAAUGGUGGAAUAUUCUUCCUGCCAACAUGAAGACUUCCUGUUUCAACGUGGGCAACUCCAAGUGUGACAGCAUGAAUGGUUGGGAAGUGGCGGGUGAUCACGUUCAGAGCGGAGCCGGGAGCUCAGAUAACGAUUACCUCAUCCUCAACAUCCAUGUUCCUGGAUUCAAGCUCCCCACGUCGAUGUCGAGCCACUCUGCCACAGAGUUCGGCCGCGUCACGUUUGAAUUUGAGACUUCGUGCAAGGCUGACUGUGAGCUCUACUUCAUGAUGGACGUAAACAGGAAGAGCACCACUGUAGUGGAGUCAUGGGAGGGAACUAAAAGCAGACAGACGUACACACACGUCAUGACCAAGAACGCCUCGGUUUCCUACACGUGGGCUUUCCAGAGGACCAACCAACCUUCAGAUCUGCGUCAGCACGUCGCUGACGUGGCACGGAUCUACUCCAUCUCGGUGAGUAACGCCGUGGACGGCGUGUCCUCCGCCUGCAGGGCUUGCGCCCUCAGCACCCAGACGUCCAGCUCCACCUGCGUGCCUUGCCCACCCGGACAUUAUAUCGACGCGCUCAGCAACCAGUGCACAGAGUGUCCGCGGAACACGUACCUCGUCUCUCAUGCCACGCCGGGCCCUGACGCCUGCAGACCCUGUGGACCUGCCAGCAGGAGUGACAAGGACCACGGUUUAUGUUACAGUGACUGUCACUUCACCCACACAGAGGGCAACGCCACUCUGACCUUUGACUUCAGCCUCAUGGGGUCUGUAGGAUCGCUGAUGAACGGUCCAAGCUUUACCUCCAAAGGCACCAAAUACUUCCACAACUUCAACAUCAGCCUGUGUGGAGGACAGGGUCAUCUGGCCGUGUGCACGGACAACGUCACAGACUUGUCCCUCACCGAGCACCAGGCGGAGAAAGGUGAAGGAGCCUCUGCCGUCAAGACCUUCAUCUGUCAGUCCACCAUCAUCCCGGCCAGUGGGCGGAGUUUCCACACAGCGCUGUCAUCACAGUCCAUCAACCUGGCUGACACAUUUCUUGGAGCAACAGUCAGUACUACACUUGGUGAAAUAAAGGCUGCACCAGAGCUGUUCCCCCAGACCUCGAAGAAAGUCCCCGAUGUGAACUUCUACUACAAGUCUUUAGAAACGACCUCUUCAUGCGAGUCUGGUCGCAGUGCCGUGGUCACGCUUCGCUGUAACCCAGAGAAGAGCUCUAGAGGAGAGCUCUCAGUUCCCAGUCAGUGUCCUGCAGGAACAUGCGACGGCUGCACGUUCCAUUUCUUAUGGGAGAGCUCAGGGGCUUGUCCCACAUGCACACGCAGAGACUACCAUCAGAUAGAAGGAGCCUGCAAGGGAGGACACCAGGAUCUGCUGUAUGUGUGGACUGAACCAAAGCUGUGCAUGGGGGGUGUGACGUUGCCGGAGAAGAAAAGUCUGCCAUGUGAGGGUAUGGAGUUCUGGAUACAUCUCGGUGCAGGUCUGGGAGCCUUCACCGCAGUGCUGCUCAUCUCCAUCACCUGCUACUUCUGGAAGAAGAAUAAACGGCUGGAGUAUAAGUAUUCCCGGUUAGUGAUGUCUGCCAAUAAGGAGUGCGACAUGCCAGGGGCCGACAGCUGUGCUGUGAUGGAGGGAGAGAACGAGGGAGACAUAGAGGACGAAGUCGUCUACACAAAACCUUCUCUGCUUGGCAAACUCAAAGCCAUAGCCUCCAAGGGAAACGGUGAGAUGUACGAAAACGUGCAGCUGAACUCAUCCCAUUCCAAAGCACUAGUGUGGAGCUAGGAGAUGUGGUGAAGUGAGUGCUGACCCUGGAGAGACUUCACCACUGAUGGACCCUCACCACCC